CAAUUGUGAGGAACUAAGGAAAGAAAUAGAUCGCUGUAAUUAGGAACAGCUCAGAGAUCUCCAAUGCGUUGUCAGCAGUGCAGUGAUAGCAUCGUUCGAUUUUUGUCCUUCGGAUUUCCUACACCAACAGGAAAGGGACAAGCGCUUAAACUCCAUCACAGAAAAUAACACCUAUGGCUCGCCUUUUGCCAAGUUCUUGUCGUGGUCUUUUUCUUUAACGUCCCUUCAUCAGUGGAACCCAUGAUUAGUUGACUCAUGUUUAAACACUGAUAAAACUAUUUGUUUUGUACAUGAAGGUGUUUUUCGGCGUCGUGUGUCAUUUAAAUGUAUACAUUGUAGGUGCAUGUGAUGAAACGGUAGCGAUCCCUUACCUUUGACGGACCAUAUUUGGCGUUUAAUUCAGGAAACAGCAUGAAACUUACAUGCAAAGGAUGUCCACUUCUGGAUUAUAUACUUAAUAUAUCUGUGCUCGUAAAGAUGCUGGUGUUCACCUGUCAUUUAUCCAAAACAGAUGCAAAUGCUUGCACCGGGACUUGUGAAGAAAAGUUCUUUGACAUGCAAAAAGGAUGUAACGAAUACGAAACAAAGAUAACGAAAUAUGACAACUUUGAACAAAGCAAAGAAUUAUGUCGAAGCCUGGUAGAUUUUCUAUUUUGUGUUGGAAAUGUAGCUCCGAUGUGUUUAGAUAAAAUGAUGGAGCUAAAGGCGCCCUAUUUCCAAAGCCCUUAUGACUGUCAUAUCACAGAUGAGGACUUAACUAAAAUUCAGAAUUAUAAAUCUUGUAAACAUCUCACUACAUCCAAUAGUAUAGAUCCCUCCACAGUAGCUAGCCAAACAUAUGAUCCGAACACAAAGUCUUUUUCUGUAGCAUUCCAAACUUCGAGCCCGACCAAUCAGCAACAGAAGGAAUCGAACUCUUCCAAUAAGUUAUAUGUCAGUCUUCAGACACUAGUGAUCGCCUGGCUGGUGUUUAUUGGAGUAAUAGAGAGAACUUUAUGCUGAAUGUUUCAGGAUUCCUGAUCUGCAUUUGUUUCAAUUUUAUAGACGUAGCCAAAUCUUGAGUGGGACAAAAAGCAGCUUCUCCAAUAAUCAAGCAGAUUGUGUUUAUCUGUCAAUGGUUAAAACUUAAACAAAUUCAAGGACAAAAACUAAAGCAAGCAUUGUCUGUAAACUUGAAAACUAUGAAAAUUUUAAAUGCUUGCAAAAUUAAGUCUUCUUAAAAUUUGUAUACUGUAUUUCUUUUACACAUUAUCGUCAAAUUAAUUUUGAUAAAAGAUAAAAAUGGGGUAAAGAAAUUAAGCAUCUAUAUGAACGUAGAUGAAGUUGAUUUAUUAAUAGAAAAAAUAUUGUAUGCAGUUAAAAAAAUCGUUAAAACCAUAUUUGUAUUGUUAAAUAUCGUAUCAUUUGAAACAGGUAUGCAUUCACAUGCACAUGUCGAUGUCCUUUAUCGUUUUAGAAACAGGAAUUUGCCACCUUUAAUUGACUUUUAUAGGUAGUACUUUAAAAAUUACAACUAGGUUAAUUAGACAUAAGUACACUUUUUAAUGUAUGAAUCUUACAAUAUGCUUUGGUCCGAGACGUCAUACGCGCGACGACU